AUGGCCGACCUCGCUCGAGAAGAAGCUGAGCGCUACUUCUCUCACCGAGACCAUCCAACUUCUCAUCCUGAAGACAGUGACGACUCAGACCGUUCGUCAGAUCAUCGACCCCAGUCUCCGGAUCAAGCCUAUCAUUCUGAUCCAGGUACUGACGACGACAACGACGACGAAGCCUACACAAACAUGGCUACCAUGACUGCUACCAGAUCAAGCUACCGUAUACCAACCCAGAAACAUUUCGCCAAUACGGGCCCAAAGGGUGUCAUCGCCGAUGCCCAGUCCUUCGCCCGUGCCAAACAAACGACCUUUCGCCAGCGAAUAGCGAGUUUCGCCGGGACGCUGACCUCCAAUAAGCCAUCCGGUAAUCUGGCAGAAAAGCCCGACAAGAGGAAAAGCAUCUUUGGCACGUCACCGAAAUCAAACUCGUCAGAGGAUGAACAAUUGACGCUCUCCGACGAUGAAGCCGACUCCGACUUCAUGAAGACAUGGCGGGCGAAUCGACUGGCCGAGUUGUCCUCGCAAUCACAAUCCGCAUAUAGCUCUCAGAAGAAGCAAUACCCGAGCCAGCGGGCAUGGGGCACUUUCUUCGAAGUCGAUGCCAAUGGCUACCUGGACGCUAUCGAGAAGGUCUCGGACGACACUGUCGUGGUGGUCAUGAUCUUCGACCCGUCGUCUUCUGCCAGUGCGGAGGUUGAAGAUGAGUUGAGCACUCUUGCUUAUAAACACAACAAGAUCCGUUUCGUACGGCUGCACCACGAGAUUGCAGAAAUGGAGGCCAUCGAGGUCCCUGCCGUGCUAGCUUACCGGGGUGGCGACGUCUUCGCCACCAUAUCAGGUGCCAGGGCCGAAGGGCUAGAAGGAGUGUUGAUACGGUGA